CCACAGGCCGACAACCGAGUAAGCCGGUCAAUUUUGGUAUCCUGCUCAUGACUCAUAUCAGGCGGUAGCCGAGCAGCCGCCCAGCUUUCUCAUGCCAGAGCAAACCCAUAGGUCCAGUCCAAAUCCAAUCCCUGUUGCCAUCAGAAUUUCAGGGGCAGCCAUGGCCGAAAAGGAGAGCAACGGAGUGCGGGUGUGCGUCACCGGAGGAGCCGGGUUCAUCGGCUCCUGGCUCGUCAGGAAGCUCCUCGAGAAAGGCUACACCGUCCACGCCACCCUGCGGAACACCGGGGACGAGGCGAAGGCGGGGCUGCUGCGUCGGCUGGUCCCCGGCGCGGCGGAGCGGCUGCGGUUGUUCCAGGCCGACCUCUUCGACGCCGCCACCUUCGCGCCGGCGAUCGCUGGGUGCCAGUUCGUCUUCCUCGUCGCCACGCCAUUCGGGCUCGAUAGCGCCGGCUCCCAGCAGUAUAAGAGCACGGCGGAAGCUGUGGUGGACGCGGUGCGCGCGAUCCUCCGGCAAUGCGAGGAGUCCCGGACGGUGAAGCGAGUGAUCCACACAGCCUCCGUAGCGGCCGCCUCGCCGUUGCUGGAGGAGGAGGUCUCCGCCUCCGGCGUCGGGUACAGAGACUUCAUCGACGAAUCUUGUUGGACUUCGCUCAACGUUGACUAUCCUCUCCGAAGCGCACACUUCGACAAGUACAUACUGUCGAAGCUGCGGUCAGAGCAGGAGCUCCUGAGCUACAACGGCGGCGAGAGCCCGGCGUUCGAGGUGGUGACCCUGCCGCUGGGGCUCGUGGCGGGCGACACGGUCCUCGGCCGCGCCCCGGAGACGGUGGAGAGCGCCGUGGCGCCCGUGUCCCGCAGCGAGCCCUGCUUCGGCCUCCUGCGCAUACUGCAGCAGCUCCUGGGGUCGCUGCCGCUGGUGCACGUGGACGACGUCUGCGACGCGCUCGUCUUCUGCAUGGAGCGGCGCCCCUCCGUCGCCGGCCGCUUCCUCUGCGCCGCCGCGUACCCGACGAUCCACGACGUGGUCGCCCACUACGCCAGCAAGUUCCCUCACCUCGACAUCUUGAAAGAGACGGAGGCGGUGGCGACGGUGCGGCCUGCCCGGGACAGGUUGGGCGAGCUGGGCUUCAAGUACAAGUACGGCAUGGAAGAGAUUCUGGAUAGCAGCGUUGCCUGUGCGGCGAGAUUAGGUUCCCUUGACGCAUCCAAGCUCGGCCUACAGAAAGGAUAAAAGCUCGAAGCUUACUCAUAAGCACCAUGGGGAACUUGGAUUGUUCGCUGUCCACUAUACGCGUUCGAAAUUUGGAAACUAGACAUACUCCAAUAAAACAAGAGGUAAAGAAACGUGGGCUAACUGAUACGCGUUGAGCAGUUGAGCUAGCCUAGUUUAGUCCACCUGUGUGCAGGGUUUAAAACUUCGACGAAAUUUUAUGACUUGCGAUAAUUUUAGGCCUCUAAAUAUCAACCAUA